UGCGUCACUUCCGUCCAGACCGGAACCCAAGAUGGCUGUGCUCUUGUUGAGACAUGUUGGCCGUCAUUGCCUCCGAGCUCACCUAAGUCCUCAGCUCUAUGUCAGAAAUGCUAUUCCGAUGGGAACCACAGCCAAAGAAGAGAUGGAGCGGUUCUGGAAUAAGAACACAGGUUCAAACCGUCCUGUAUCUCCCCAUAUUACUAUCUACAGCUGGUCUCUUCCUAUGGCAAUGUCCAUCUGCCACCGUGGUACUGGUAUGGCCUUAAGUGGAGGGGUCUACCUCUUUGGCUUGUCAGCCCUGUUGCUCCCUGGAAACUUCGAGUCAUAUUUGGAAUUUGUGAAAUCCCUGGGUCUGGGACCAUCACUGAUCCACACAGCUAAAUUUGCACUUGUUUUCCCUCUCAUGUAUCACACCUGGAAUGGAAUUCGACACUUGAUGUGGGACCUAGGAAAAGGCCUGAAGAUUACCCAACUCUACCAGUCUGGAGUGGUCGUCUUAGUUCUUACUGUAUUGUCCUCUCUGGGGCUGGCAGCCAUGUGAAGAACUGAAGAUCCCAGCAUCAUCUUCCUACAAAUUAUUACAUUGAUUUACUUUCCUGUUUGUCAGUCACUCUUAUCUCCAGUGAACAGUUCUCCUAAUGUGUUUAAAUCCUUUUGUGCUUGCAGAUCCCUUUGUAGCUUGUAGAACCACAAUAGUAGAAAAAGGUCCAGUUUUCCCCUUGUUUCUAAUGAUGGAGUGGCUGCAAAAACUCCCUUUUCCUGCCCACAGCUCACAGCCUACACUGAGCCAAGGAGCCCUUAUUCUCUUUCCAUGUUGGACUUUGAUUUGUGCUGAGGAUCAGCGUUUGGCUCCUUCUUCCCAAGACAGUGGAAACAAUGCCAGCUCUGUAGCCUCUGCCCUGGGAACUGGGGGUGAGGCUUUGGGUGCCACUGCCUGUGGGUUGCUGGCUUAAAGGACAGUUCUGUUCAUUGGUCAGAGCCCAGGGCCUUUAGCACCCACACAGUGUGACUGAAAGGAGAUAGGUAGGAGUAGAGAAUUAUCCAGGCCCAGCUACAUGGAGAUAAAGAGGGUGAGUUGGUUCUUGGAGUAGAUGUUUCGGGAAGAAGAUAUAUAGCAAGAGGAAGAUCAAGAAAAUUAUCAUCAACUGCAAUGAAGGUUUUUGUUUUGUUUUGUUUUUGCAUUUCUGGAAAAGCAAACCUUUUAAUGUCAUGUUUUCUAAUCCAAGUUCAUGUAUUAUCUUUUUCUGAAACUGAAUUAAAACACUCAUUUUAUCUCUGA